AUGCGGCCAACUGUGCAUGUCAAACGCCUCACUCUUACAUCGAAGAAGAAUUGGUGGAUGGUGGAGUUGGACGAGGAAGAGGAGAAGCUGAAGCCCUCCGCCCACUCGUUCUCAUCUCUCGAUGAUACCGUUUAUAAUGACUAUGUUCCCCAUACCGAGCCCCCGCCGCACCCGCCACCGUCACCCCCCGCCUCUCCACCUCCCUACAAUCCUCCCCGCCACCCUGGAUCCAUCUUCUCUUUCCCCAUCCCCGCGACCUACUCUGCCCCGCCAAACCCCACAGGGUCCCUCGCACCUAUCGCGACCGGAUCAGCCUCGGAGCUUUUCAAAUGUAUCGUCAAGAAACCCGAGAUUGUGCAACUUGAGGUUAAUGGCGAGAUGGAGAGCAAUGCCUAUGACAUCGCUGCGCAGUUUCUCGCUGAGCUUCGCGUGUAUACCACUGUUUCAAAACAUCGGAAUAUCCCCGCGUUUCUUGGUUGCCUGGAAAGCGUCGGUAUGGUCUUAGAGUUCGUCGAGGGACCCACAUUGUACGACUUCAUUAGAGAACAACCAGAGCCCGCGCCAGCUCUGAAGAAAGACCUGCACAAUCAGCUCCUCGACGGCCUCACGCAUCUCCAUGCCUUUGGUUUGAGCCAUGGUGAUCUCUCUAUGCUCAAUGUGCACGUCAUGCCAAACGGCACAGUCAAAGUGCUCGACUUUGGACGCUCUGUUUCUGCAGAGUCCAUCAUCAGUUCACCCGAUGACGGGCCCGUCGACCCGUUCGCUCACCUGACUCAAACGCCAUCAUUUCGUGGUGCGCCGCAGGUGCGAGUCGAGCAGAUUCACCCUGGCACACGACCAUUUUCGGCCCCAGAGAUCUUGCGCGGCGAGUGCCAGGACGCACGGCUAGCGGAUGCCUAUAGCUUUGGGAUGGUCCUUGUAUGCAUCGAGCGUUGGACGCUAGUGGACGUCAAGCCCUGGGACCAGCGAAGGGAUCUGUUGCCGUUCGAUAUUUUCGACGGAUGUGUUUUAUUCGAAAGUAGGAUCAGGGAGUACCUGAAAAAAUGGGAUCAGCGGAGAAGACUAUUUAAGGAGGAUACAGUCAUGAUCACGGAUUAG